AUGGCUCCUGUUUCAAGCACCCUUCGCCAGCUCGCAGUGCUUGGCGCCUGUCCGGCUUUCCCACCUGGCAACCCCGUCCCAUUGAUCAAGACGCAGGGCAACCGUCCCAAGGGCGACUUCAAUGCAGUCGAUAUGAUCCUCGCCAACAAUUCCAACGAGGACUCCAAGGGCCAUGCCAGCCGGCAGCGCUUUGUUGCCAAGAUCCUGCCGGGCGUCGAGAGGCCGGGUCUGAGCUUCCGUGUCAUGCUGCAACGCCGCAUCGGGGACUUCCUCGACCUCGGCGACUAUAUGUCGGUCGUCUGCGUCAGCAGCGGCACUCACACACUCCGAGCUGCCCUUAAAGGUAUCCGCGCUGCCGUCGGCGCAGCUAGCGACCGAAACGAGAUCAUCGUGACUCAGACUACGGUUGGGGCGACUGUCGAAGCCGUGCUCGCCGAGAAGCUCGUCCCGGUCUUUGUCGGUGUCGACCCGAAGUCAUGGCCUCCGUCGCCCGAACUCGCCGAACAGUCCGUCUCGGAGAAGACGGCAGCUAUUAUCACGGUUGACUGGCUUGGCACUCAAUGCAACCUCCGACCCUUCCGCAAGCUGGCCGACAAGCACGGCAUCCAGCCGACCCCGGACAGCGCCCAGAGCUCCGGUGCCACCAACGGUAAGCCGCCCUCGGUCGGCCUGGCUGAUUCCACCAUCUGCAGCCUGGGCUACCCCAAAGUUCUCACCGGGGGAGGAUCGGGCGGCCUCAUCGUGUGCCCCGAAUCUCUGGCUGCCCUGCUGGAGAACGAUCCCACCGGCGUCCUACGCCAUGAGGUGUUGCCUGAGAUCAACGCCUGCCUGUGUCUUCGCGCACUGGAGACACUCCCCACGGCUCUUGAGAUGCGUGGAGCCGCCGGAAAGCUGUACCGCCAGCUCCUCGCCGGCAUUCAUGGCAUCACCUUCCAGCAGAUCCCAGCCGGUCUGGGAACGAACCACUACCAAGUAAGCUUCACGGUCGACGCCAAGGCCUUCGGACUCAACGCGAGGGAUCUCUGCUGGGCUCUCAAAGCCGAGAACGUCCACUGCAGCGCAGACAGGAUGCCAUGUGUUGCUGCCAACAAGAAGUUUGCGGCCCAGGGGAGGGUUGAAGGAGAUCUCGAGCACAGCCGACUGCUAGCGGCGACUUCCGUCACCCUACCCAUCUCUAAUGUCAUCAGCCUCGAUACUGUCAAGACGAUCUGCCGCCUGUUCAAGCUCAUCCACAAGAGGGCGCAAGACGUCCUCGAGGCAAAGCAGAAUCCCGAGAAAACGCCAUCACCCCCCAGCGAGGCCGCCGGCGUCAUCGAUAUCGAGUCGAAGUACCGCAAGCACUUGGUGGUGGCCGUUCUGGGUGACGCCAGCGGGCACUCGAAGGUUCUCAUCCCGGGCGACUAUUUGUGCCAGCGCAACAUUUCGAUGGCUGAGUUCCUCGAGAGAUUCGUGUUGCAACCGCAGUGGAGCCUGGACGAACCUGUCUUCGAGGACCUUCGAGUGGAUGCGAUCAUCGGUUCGGGCACAGUGGUCGUUCUCGAGCAGCGCAGCAGCGGACAGCCCUCUGGCACCGGCAACCCUCUGGAUGAGAGCGAGUGCCGAUGGCUGACGGCCGGUUGGUGCGCGAGCCAGGCCGUGAAGAAGACGGGCAUGUUCGUACAGCAUACACAAGUCACUGAUAGCGGCAAGGACGUCACCCUUGAGCUGCCAUACAUCCCGAGCCACUCCUUCGGGGAGCUGAUUUUCGCCAACGCGGGCGAUGGGCCGGUGGUGGGCGCCUUGGUCGCCAUGCUGGCGCGGACGGCCACCUCUGUUUGGACCGAGGGUCAAGAAGAGGCCGACCCCGACUUCAUUGAGAAGGCGCACUUUGAGCGGAUGAGGAGGCGGCUCAAGAUCGCCCGCGCGCAAGACGGGAUGCUCGACAAGAUCCUGAAGCAGAAGACCGUCAGGCUGAAUGGCAAGGAGCUGGCUGGGUUCGAAACGGUCAUGAAGUGGCUGGAGCAGCACCCCCUGCUGGACAAGAUUGGGCCCGAGGUCCUGACCGAGAUCCAUGGCGACUUGAACAUCCACAAUAUCCUCAGCCGGCUGGACCCUGACGACGAGGACUUGGCGCUCAUCGAUCCUCGCGGUGUUCCGCUACUGGGCGGGGAUGCGGACCUGAAGUUUGAGCCCGGCGACUGCUGCUACGACGUCUCCAAGCUGCUCUUCUCCCUGACUGGCUUCUCGGAGAUCAGGAAGCGGUGUUUUGAAUACUCAUCCGACGGUGACUCCCACGAACUUAAGAUCUUGCGGCACCCUGGCUCAGACACUAUGAACGGUACCGCUGCCCGGCUCAUCCCAGCGAUCGCAGCCAACAAAGAGAUGAGGGAGUGGAUUAACAAAGUCGAGAAGGGCGGCAUCCGAUCUUUUGAGCUGAGGGUGAGGGUUGGCGAGGCGGCACACUUCAUUGCGGAUUGCGCUUGCGCCUUGGGCCGGGACGCCCGCUGGGAAAUCGUUCCUCUGUUCUUGGUGGGGCUUGAGAAGCUGAACGAGGCUGUCGCCCUCUUGGACCGAGAGGGGCCGCUUUCCGCCGACAGCCCGGCAUCGUCACCUCAGUUCCCGCCCAUGCCUGAGAGCCCAGACUUUGGAGCGGUGACGAUCCAGCAGACAUUGUUCAAAUCCCACACAUCGAACGAGGGCCUGCCCUAUGAGGUGCUGGAAGUCUCCGUCAAGGCCGAGUCGGCCUCCACCACCCUAAAGCAGCUCCGUGAGAUGGUCGGAGUCUACUUCCCUGAGGACACGGGAGUCUACCUCUCAACGGACCCGGUCGAUCCAUCCGAGGUUCCCGAGCACUUUCCCUUAGUGCUAAUCCACCCAUUCAACGGCGUGAGAGGCCAGACCCACAUGCUGGCGGCGGCAGCACGCAGAACCACGGCGUUCUUGAGAGACAUCGGGACAGCUCAGAACAUCAUUGAGGGCCUGAAGCCACCCCGUGGCUGGAGCCGGACGGCCAGCCCCACACUGGCGCCACAGGCAUCACAACGGGAACCUCAGGCAUCCAGGGCACGGGCCUUGGGGCCACAGGACUUAGGCGGCUUGACCGAGGCAAUGAAGGGAUUGCGAGGUCAAGCUGAAGUUGUUGUAUCUAGCCUAUAG